AUAGACGGGCUAGACAAUUGGUCAUAUACAAUGUAUGAAGGUUGAGAGGGCAAACAUGCCGACGGCGCGUGUGAUCUUCUUUUCGUUGGCUGGGCACGCCGAACAUCAUCAGAUGACUUGGGCAUCAUGAACGGGCAAGGAGACAUCCCUUCAAGGGAGCGAAGAGGGGCCCUUGGACGGGUAUAUAAACCGGCCGAUAUUCGCCCCCUUCCCCAUCUCACUCAUCCACUCAUCACUCGGACUCCAGACACACACACACACACACAGCAACCAGCUCCAAUCCCCACAGACCAAUCCCUUUCCAACACUUUCCUUUCAAGACACACGAACUUCAGAAUGCGAUCCUUCUUGACUGCCGCCAUCACAGUUGCGCUCCUCCAGAGCGCCUCGGCCAUCCCACUCGACCAACAACAAUCUAAGGACGGCCACGAAUCCGCCCGCUCGUUGGGCCUCGACGGUCUCGGCCUUGGCGGCGGCGCCGGUGCUGGCGGUCCUCCUCCCGGAUUCGGUGCUGGUGGCGGUGCCGGCGGCAACAUGAUGCAAUGCGGUGGCAGCCACGCCCUGAUUCCGAUCGGUCUCCUUCAAAACAACAAGUGCAGGAUGAGCGGCGGCGGCGGUGGUCGCGGUGGGGGCGGCGGCCGAUUCCCUCAACAAGGCAUCGUCAUCAACAACAACAACAACAUGAACGGCGGCCCGAUGAUCAACAGCUUCCAGCCCAGCAACACAAACAUCAACGGCGGCGGCGGUGGAUUCGGCCCACCAGGCGGUCCCGGUCUCUGCGGCACACCCGGCUCUUUCGGAGGCUGCUUCAACCCCGGUCCUAUGCCUCCUCCUUGUGCUGGCUGCGGUGGCGGCUUCAUGCCCAUCCCCGCUCCUAACCCCUGCAUCGACGGUGGAUGUGGCGGCGGCUUCAUCCCCUCACCCGCUCCUAACCCCUGCGUCAACGGGGGAUGUGGUGGUGGUGUCCUUCCCCCCGGCGGCUUCCCCGGCGGCUUCCCUGGCGGUCUUCCUGGAGGAUUCCCUGGCGGCUCAGCCUUCGGCAUGUCUCCCAUGGUCGGCGGCAUGUCAGUCACAUCCUCCACCUCCGAAACCGAACAGUCCUCCUCAUCCAUGCAGAUGAGCUCCGGCAUGGGCGGCAUGCCCGGCGGUCCUGGUGGGUUGUUGUUGAAGAGCAAAGACCCCAAGAAAUCCGACAAGAAGCAAUAGAGUCUUCACGACCCCUCCAGAUGGACUAUCUACUCCGUUUUCGGCCGACUCCCUGAGGACUAGCUUGACUCACUUAACUUGCUCUUCUCCUUGCCUCGAUCCGUUGUAGUCCCGCCUCUUCUUGUGUCCUAUACUCCUCCCAUCUAUGUUGUCUUAUAUUAUAUACACAUCGUCCAUCCUUCGCCUGUCCUGUUUGUUAGUCGCUGUUCCUCUACUCGUAUCUUCUGAACUCACACUCGUUUUAAUAGUCUUAUACACACAUCUCCCUUCUAAAUAUAAAUAUAAAUAUAUAUUUUAUCUUCAUCAUGUUUUCUUGGUCUAACUGGCGCUCUCAAUGCUCGAAUGUUUGCUUGUCCAUUUGUGUUCACUUCGAGCUCCUCACUCUGCUGCAUUGAAUCCAAAUCGCACGAACACAUUUUGUCCAUGCCCUCUCCGAGUGUCUAAGUCGAGUUUCUUGACUGUGUCCCAUGAGCCCCUACACAAGCGUCUAAAACUG